AUGGAGAGAGACAGAGAGCAGUCGAAGGAAGAGAUCCCCAGCCUCUGGCAGGGAGGCAGGAGGUCAACCAGCUCCACCAUCGGCCGCAAACUUCCAUCCUCCCGUUUCAAGGGCGUGGUUCCUCAGCCAAACGGGAAAUGGGGAGCUCAGAUUUACGAGAACCAUCAGCGCGUGUGGCUGGGGACGUUCCCCACGGAGGCGGAGGCCGCGGCGGCCUACGACGUGGCGGCGCUCAAGUACAGAAGCGAGGAAGCGGCCACCAAUUUCCGGGUGGUGUGGGAGGACCAGCACCAGCUCUCCUUCCUCAAGUCCCACUCACAGCAAGAGGUCGUGGAGAUGCUCAGGCGGAAUACCUACUACCACGAGCUGAUCCUUUUCAAAGAGUCAGCUCGAUCUGUCGGCUCAUCUCCCUCGCCAUGGAAGAGGCGCGAAGUUCGGGUAGAGAAGAAAGAGCUCUUCGACAAGGUGCUGACGCCGAGCGACGUCGGCAAGCUCAACAGGCUCGUGAUUCCCAGGCGCCUGGCCGAGCAGUUCUUCCCCUUGGACACCCGGCGCUGGAAGGACGGCAUUCUUCUGAAGUUUGAGGAUGAAGGUCGCCGAGUGUGGAGGAUCAAGUACAGUUACUGGAGCAGCAGCCGCAGUUACGUGUUGACCAAGGGCUGGAGAGGGUUCGUGAAGGAGAAGGGGCUUAAGGCAGGGGACGUGGUCUUCUUCUUGAGGUCGGCAGGGCCUGAAGAGAUGAACUACAUACGUUGGAAGCAUGUGGAAGGAGAAGAUAUUUAUCAGCAGCGGAGAUGUGGACGACAAGGGCCUGCGUUGGAGCCACAACAACGAGGUCAGUUCGUCAGGAUCUUCGGCGUCGACUUAAAUUCAAGAUCUUAG